CCGACUUAAACAUAUGUCUAUAAUACCUCUAGUAAAGAUUACUGAACUCUGUAGGUAAAUGAACUUAACUAUGGCCAACUAUGAUAUCAUACCUUACGAUGACGAACAAUUGUUCCAAGAAAAAAACGAAGUCACUGAUCUACACGCGUAUUACAUGUCACAAUUUAAUUUAGAAUUAGAAAACGGAAAAACAAAGAAGAACGACAAUUUCAAAUAUGGAACAGAAGAGAGUUUUGAUUUUGAAGUCUUAGACAAUUGGACUACGCCAGAAAAGACUGAUUUUGAAAUUAUUGAUGAAGUUAUCGAGAGUAACAUUAAUGACCAAAAUAUUAAAGAAGUUCUAUUAGAUUUAGAUAAUAUAGAAUUCGAUGAUAGUUUUAAUUCUAAUACAGAUAAACAGAAAACGUUUGAAGCUAAUAACGAAUAUAUAGACGAUGAAUCGCUGAUAGAUGAACUUUGUCGUGAAGAAAAUGAACAAACGCCAGAUGCUUAUGAAGACAUCAAUAUGGUAAUAAGCGAAACCCAGUUACCGUCUAUGGAGACAGCUUUCUCGAAGCGAUAUUGUAAUUUUGAUGAAUUAAAUGUACAAGGAAAUGCUUAUAACGCGCCAGUGCAGAGUACAGAAGUAAGCAGCAUCGAACAUUUUAGCUAUCCGAAUAACAUACUCCACAAUCUUGAAACAGAAGGCCGCUACAUACUUCCCGAUACACCAACAAGUUGCACAGAAUUUAAUUUCGAUAGGAAUGAACGGAAAAUAUCAGUGUCCGAGUCGGUUGAGGGGAGUUACUACGAUGGAAAUUCUGAGAAUUUUGAUGAAGAUGAGCUGUUUAUUAAUUUAGAUGAUUUCGGAUUAAAUUUUGAGAAAGAUGACGAGUGCGCUGAAUCAGUUUCUAAUGACAGAAGGACUGACCAAGAAGAAAUUCAAGGUGAAAGGAUAUGUCUGUGGCAGGAUUGCUUUGAGAGAUACCCAAACCAGAAUAUGUUAGUUGAACACAUUGAGCGAGUUCAUGUGAACACUUAUAAAGGAGACGAAUUCAGCUGCCUCUGGAAAGACUGUGCGCGCGAACGUCGGCCAUUCAACGCGAGAUACAAGCUUCUUAUACACAUGAGAGUACAUUCCGGACAUAAACCUAAUAGAUGUCAUCAUCCCGGCUGCGGCAAAGCCUUUUCCCGGCUGGAAAACCUCAAGAUACAUGUAAGAUCGCACACUGGUGAAAGGCCGUAUGCCUGUCCAGCACCUCACUGCAGAAAAGCUUUCUCCAACUCUUCAGAUCGGGCUAAGCAUCAGAGAACCCAUUUCAAUGCACGGCCCUACGCCUGUGGUGCAGUUGGCUGUGGUAAACGGUACACGGAUCCAUCCUCUCUGAGAAAACACGUGAAGACUCACCCUUACAUCCCGGCUCCGAGGACUUGCAUCCCAAACACAAAGCCCGUUAGGCGAACUGAGGAACAGUUAGUGCCUAGCUCUCCUGCUAAGCUGACGACUCUGCGUUGUAUCAGGGAUAAGCUGACAGUACCAAGGUUGCAGAAAAUGUAGUGCUAAUUAUAAAUUUCACUUGUUUUGUAAGUGUUAUAAAAGUUCAACGGGAAGACAUUUCUGCAAGGUGUUUCAAUCUGUGCGAUUAUCCGAAACACUGGUAGCCAUGAAUCGUAGUUUAGUUGG